AAUGUGUCAUAAUUGAAGUAAAAGCUAUUUGAUGGGUUUCUUCAAUGAAAAUGGAAAUAGGUAGAAUAAUAUAUACAGUAGUAAAAGAAAUGUUAGUAAAUUACUUUACUAUUACAGAUACGCUCAGUAACUAUGAGCAACGGGCAGAAAAACCGGUAGAUAACACAAUGGAUGUAGAUCUCACAGAAAAUGAUGGAACAAACUCUCCUGUGGAGAAGGUUUCUGAAGAUGGAAAAAGUACUCCCGAACCAAAAGAAAAUGCCAAUAAAGAAAUUAAGGAAACAGACACCUCUGUGGUAGAGAGUGAAAGUGAUGAAGAUUGUGAAGAGGUACAAGAAAAGCUUUUAUUGAGCCCUGCACAUAGUGAUGGUGGUGAACCCUUGAGCCCUGUAAAUAGAGACUUAUUAGAUAGUGACGGUGAAGGAGAGAGAGAAGAGUCUGAUAGACUGGACCAAGAUGUUGAUAAUGAUGAAACAGAUAAGGCACCUGCUACUGAAAGUAUCCAAAAUAACGAUGAAAGUGAGACCGAAAGUAACAAUGCUACAGAUAAGGAUAAUGAUAGAAACGAUAAGACAGACAUAGAUAGCAAAGAAAAUGAAGAGAAUUGUGAUAGUAUUAAAAAAGGUGAUGAAGAAGAAAGCAGCAAAGAUGAUGAAGAGAGCAGCAAAGAUGAUAAAGAAAGCGGCAAAGAUGAGGUAGAAGAUGCAAAAACUGUAGAUAGAUCUGAUAAUGAGAACUCGAGUGAUAUUAUAGAUAAAACCGAGGAUGCUGUUAGAAAAGAAGUAGCUGAUGAUGCAGAUGAAGAUGAGACCAAAAAACAUAUAGGAGACAUAGAAUCUGAAACGAUGGACAAAACUGAAGAAAGCAAGGAAGCAGAUGUUAAGGAAAAUGAAAAAAUAGAAGAAAGCAAGGAAGCAGCUGUUGAGGAAAACAAGAAAACUGUUUCUGAAGAAAAAAGCAAGGAAGCAGCUGUUAAGGAAGACGAGAAAACUGUUUCUGAAGAAGAAAGUAAGGAAGCAGCUGCUGGAGAAAACGAGAAAACUGUUGCUGAUGAAAAUGUAGAAGACAUUGAGAAAAAAGAUAAAGAAAGCAAGCAGAAAGAUAAAGAAAAAUCUGAUGCGGAAGAUACUAAAGAAGAUAAUGAGAAAAAAGAAAGUGGAAAGACAAAUAGCAGCGAAGAAAACAAAAUCAGCCAGGAGGAUAAAGAAGAAGUAGUGCAAAAUGUAGAGGAUGGUGAUAAAGAAGCUAGUACUAAAACAGAAUCAAAUUCUACAGAAAAUGAGUCAGUUCAAAAUAGUAAAGAUGACAAAAAUGACCAAAAGGUAUCUGAAAAGGAGGGGGAGGAUGAUGUCCAUUUAAAAUCUCUUUUAAAAGAAACUCUAAUGAAACCUGUAGAAGAUUUUAGGCCAGAUGAUGAUGAUAUUGAUAUGGACGAAGAUUUUGAUCCUUCACUUCUUAUGCCGGAACUCUCCAUGGAAGUAGAAGAAGCACCUGUUAUAACACAUAGUGAUGCACCUGCCCCAGAACCUGACGGUAGCAAAAGUCCAUUACGUCUAUAUGAUCCGAUAUUUUCAACGUUUGUUGAUGAAAUCACCGGCGCAGAGAUUGAUUUUAACUUGACCGCCGAAGAAUUAGAACUAAAAUCUAAAACAUUUGGAGAAAAAAAUCCAGUCCAGUUAACUAAGAUCCACUGUACAGCUUGUAACAUCCAUUUAGGCAGCGCUUUGGACGGUCAAGGUAACAGAUUUGUUCACCCACUUUUAAAAGUUCUGAUAUGCAAAAAGUGUUAUCAUUUCUACACUAGUGGAGAAUUCGAAAAAGACGAAGAUGGAAGCGAAUUGUAUUGCAGAUGGUGUGGGCAAGGUGGACAAGUUAUGUGCUGUGCAAAUUGCGAAAUGGUUUUCUGUAAGAAAUGUAUCCGAAUUAACUUCGAUAGAAGAAAACUCGCUGAGAUUCAGAAAAGUGAUGAUUGGACGUGUUUUAGAUGCAAUCCAUCACAACUGAUCAAUCUUAGGGUACACUGUGCUGAAUUUAUGGAAUACGUACAAAGAGAAAUGAGAAACGCAUCAAAUGAUGCAAAUCCCGAAAAUUUUAUGAAGGUUGAUCACUGUCAGUGUUGUAUACCUCAAAAGAAAAAGGCUCCAGAACCCUCUCCGAAGGCAGAGACUGCUUCAACUAGAAAACGAAAACGAUACGUUGAGCCAGAUGAUCCCGACUACAAUCCACUUAAAGACAGAGAAUCUCCACCGCCUUCAGGUUCGUCCACACCGACUCAGCAAAAGAUGCCCGCAUUGACACCCAAACCUCAAACUGUGUUAAACUCAACUGUGGCAACAAAACCUCCCACAUUAAGGCCUAUGGUUACUCCAAUAGUUAGACCUAGAAUGCCUGUUACAUCUACAGGCCGACCUCAAGCAGGAUAUGUUCGUGUAGCUCCUGGUACGCUUCGAGCAAAGGCCCCAGUAGUAACACCAGUAGCAACUGCGCUUCGGCCAAUUCGACCUAUAAAUGCGAUCAAACACGAAUGGUUCGAGAAAACCGUUCGAGCUGCAGCUCGUGUCAAUUCCAACCUCUCGUACACGCUAACCCAGCUGAACAGGGCGCAGGCGAAUGCGACAAGCGUAGAAGCGCUGGCUGUAGUGCACAAUAAGUUACAGGAGAUUCUGAGUAGUUCAAUCAACUCCUUGAUACAGAUUAGGAAGAAUUUAAGAACGGAGUUUAUUGCUGGUAUUAAAAAUAUUCGGUUUCCACCUACUUCGAAGCCAUCUAAUACCCCGACUUCAAAAGACGACGACGACGUUAUCUUUGUUGACGAUUCAGCACCCAAGCCCACGACUACCACUGCAACCCUAACAACCCCUACGCUUCCUCCAGGCCUAUCUCUCAUAAAGAGGACUCAGGCGACCGUAAAUAGAUCCAAUAGUCCAAGUACAACUCCCGUAGCAGGACCUAGUGGAGUUAACAAAACUACUAAAACUACUCCUUCCAAACCUUCUACUAGUACAGGUAUUCAAGCUAAAGGUUUCCUGAGGGUCAAAUCUUUCUCGGCGCUGCAAAGUGUUACUUCCGAGUGCAUAACUAUCCCCGACGAUCCUGCGGACGAUGCAGAUGUUUUGCCAGUUGUAGAAAAGGAUCCCCUCGAAAUGGUCGAAGUUGUGGAUGACAAAGAAGAAGAUAAAUCAAAGGAAGUAGAAGCUAAAAAAGAAGUCAAAAGUAAGGACGACGACAAAAAAGGAAAUACAGAGGUCAAGAGUAGUAAAGAGGUAAAUAGUGAUGAAAAUGUAAAAAUCAAAGAUGACAAAGAGGAAGAAGUUCGUCGCACAAAUGGGAUGACAAAUGGCAAUAAAGAUGUAAAAUCUUUGAAGGCAGAGAAACACCCCGCCUCUCCACGUUCUGUAGACAGCGACUCAGAGCGGCCUCUCAAAAAGGCAAAAAUUAUUAUCGAGAGAUCUUCUGAAAUCGAUAAGAUGGCAAAGAAUUCUUUCGGUGUUGUGAACGGUACAUCUGACGAAUCUGAAAAAGAAGUGGAAAACUAAACAAAGUUGCAUACGGAAGUGAGGUAAUUUGUGGCAGAAAUGUUGUAACAAGAACUAUCCAGUUUGUUUUUUAGGUAUUGUACCUCGCAAGCGAUCAAUUUAUAAAGAGUUUAGUUAGCUGUAGAGGUUACAACAAUAGAAAUAAGUGUCUUUGCUACUAUAUUUUAUUUAUAAUCUUUCGUUACGAAAAUAGAUGUUUUUUACUGAG